GGAUGAUCAUGGUUUCAGUCCACUUCAUUGGGCAGCCAAACAGGGAAGAGCUAACAUUGUAGAAAUGUUAAUCAUGAGAGGUUCUCGAAUCAAUGCAACAAACAUGGGAAGUGACACUGCUCUUCACCUGGCCUCAGCUCAUGGACACAAAGACAUUGUUCACAUGUUAUUGAGAAAUAAAGCUGAUAUAAAUGCUGUUAAUGAGCAUGGCAAUACUCCACUACAUUAUGCCUGCUUCUGGGGAUUCCAAGGAAUUGCUGAAGAUUUAAUUAACAAUGGUGCUCUUGUGUCCAUCUGCAACAAAUAUAAUGAAACACCUCUGGACAAAUGCAAAGGCCAAAUGACACAAAAACUCUUAGAACUGGCAGCACAGCUUGGACAAGAUACAAAGAAAAUUCCUUACAAGGAUCAAAGUUGGCUUGGAACAAAAACUCGAUCAAGAGAUGCUACUUUAUCUCGCCACUCUGGAAUCAAUUUAAAAGAAAUCAGUUUCCAGUUUAAACUCUCUGUCACACCCUCAGGAGAAACUUGGCGUGGUCAGUUCCAGCACAAUGACAUUGUAGCCAAGAUACUAAAUAUUCGAGAAGUAACUCCUCGUGUCACUAGAGACUUCAAUGAUGAAUAUCCGCGCUUAAGAAUUUUCUCCCAUCCGAAUGUUCUUCCUGUUAUCGGUUGUUGCUGUCACCCUCCCAGCCUGAUUCUCAUUAACCAGUACAUGCCUUUUGGCUCACUAUAUACCGUGCUUCAUGAAGGAACAGGUAUAGUUGUUGAUACAGCACAAGCUAUGAAAUUUGCAAUUGACAUCUGCAGAGGGAUGGCUUUUCUGCACACUCUUGAUCCUCUCAUACAGCGACUGUACUUAAGCAGCAAGCACGUAAUGAUCGAUGAUGAUCUCACAGCUAGAAUAAAUAUGGCAGAUGCAAAGUUUACAUUUGAAGAGAAGGGUAAAAUGUACUUUCCAGCUUGGAUUGCACCAGAAGUUGAUUCAGACGUCGCACGGCUAAGUCUUUGGACUCCCUAAAUGCUCAACGUCCUUAACUGGCAUCUGUACGAUGAAUCGUCCACUCUCAUCUCUGCGAUAAGUAUUCUGAAAAUGUGAUUCAUAAAACUUUUCUUCUUCACUUUGAAUUUUUAUUCUACAGUCUAUAUCCUCUAUUCUCCAGAAUUUUUCUAAGCAGUCUUCGACUUCUGUUUGAGUAGUUAGGAGAACGCAGUGAAUUUCUGGGGUGCGGGAAUUUAUUGCUCCAGUUGCAAUAUAUCCAAAAACAGUAUUGCAAAACACCAAAUCACUGUUUGAAAUGCGGAUAUCUCCAACCUUGAUUAUUUCAAAAAAUACCUCCGCACCUAAACGCAUAUCUAUUCUUCCUGUUACCAUGAAAUUAGGAUCUGCUAAUUGUUGCGGAAUUACUAACUUAUCUAUUCUGAAGGAUGUAACAGGAAGAAAAUUGGUAAUUUUGGAUACCACUAAAAAAUCAAGAGUUUUCAAAAAAGAUCUAUUACCAUUACAAAUUGUAGCUUGUAUUUUUGAACUUAUUGUAGUUUAAUUUCCGCCCAAACUCGAAACCCGAAAAUUCAUUUUUUCUUGCGGUACUCCUAAUUUAUUAGCGAAAUUAGCUGUGCAAAUAUUCGACAUGCUGCCUGAAUCUAAUAUCGCCCAACAUUGCAUAUAAGAUCCAUUUAAAGGAUUUAAAA